GAGCUAGAGCGUCAUCGCUGAGAACGGAGGUAGGGAGGAGGAAAGGGGCGAGGGGAGAAAAAGAAGAUAAACAAGGGAGAGGGGUCAUAGGGUGAGCACGAGGGUACAAGGGGAGGCAAGGGCAGAAACAGAGAGGGAAUGAAUAUGACUGAAGGGGCAGCGAUAAAAAGGAGAGAACUCAAGGCCCAGGGUGCGAGGGUGUGGCGUCCGGAAGGGACCCCCCCCCCGGCUUUAGCUCGGGCCCCUCGUGCUCUGGCGUCAAUCACCCCUGCCCGGGGCCUCCCCCCAUGUCCUCAAUUCAGGAAGACGCUCACAGCGACCUUAACGGGGCUCCAAAGCAACCGUGGUGAGCACCGCACCCUGGGUACGAGCUCGCCGCGCUCCCACACGCGGGCAGGGGAGGCCCCGCCCUCUCCGACCGGCGGAGCGGCGGCGGGAGGCCCAGGCGGGCGGGGCGCACGGCCCACCCCGCGUCGUCGGUCUCCCGGGAAGCGGCCGCGGCACACGCUCACCGCGGGCCGACCGGCCCGCCGCUCCCGGGCAGGGUCUGGAAGGGCCUCGUGGCGGUUCUCCCGGGCACGUCCUUGCGCAGCGGCUCCACGUUCUCGCAGUCAAAAGAAAAUGAAGUGGACGAAACAUGUCAGAUUUCAGGAGGAAGUAAACGUGGCUAAAGAGUCUACAAGCCAGACGGCGGACACACAAGACACCACCAGUGUAACUGAAGUGGCUCUAGCUCUAGCUGAGGAUGUCAUCGCUGCUGCUGUUCAGUCCGUGAAAGAAGCUGAAAACCCCAUCAAAAACAUCGACUGGGUCACACACGGUGAAUUCUCAGCAGAAAGGGGCCGUAAACAAAUUGAGCAGUUUGUCUUGAAGUGGGAGUAUCACAGCCGCUGGGUGCACUACACAGACUUUUUAAGGAGGGAAGACAUGGGCCACAGCUUCCACUACAUCUACUGUGUGCGCUGGAGCAUCCCAACUGCUCAGAUACCCAUUGCACAGAUUACUGCCGGUGUCUACUUUACCAUCAAGAUCCACAAAAAAAAACCUCCGGAUACACCCAUUGAUGUCUCUUAUGUCUUUGAGGGCCAAUCAUUAGUUCACAGACCAGGAAUGAUUCGCUUUCGAGACAAAUGGCUGAGUGACAUUAUUGAGGCCAAAUGUAUUUUAAUUAAUCCAAAUAUGUUCCAAUUCAACAGUAUUGGAAUCUUUCAGAAUAUCGUAGGAUUAGAUUUCUAAUCACAGUGUAUUAACAUACGAUACUGCACAUCAAACCACAGAGUAUUUAUUGAAUAAUAAACUUGUGGCACACAA